UAAUAACGGGCGCCCGGACCCGGACCAAUUUAACAUUAGCUACCUCAUAUUUCAAAAUUUCAGCUCACAACUUUCCAAAUUCUCACAACAUUUUUCUUUCCGAAUUCUCUCUCCGGGCCAUUUCCAGCACAGAUUUCACUUCGAAAGAAUGGAUGGGCAUGAUGCAGAGAACACUAAACAAAGUACUGCUGACAUGACUGCAUUUGUGCAAAACCUUCUUCAGCAAAUGCAAAGUAGGUUUCAGACAAUGUCGGAAUCCAUCAUUUCAAAAAUUGAUGAGAUGGGGAACCGAAUUGACGAGUUGGAGCAGAGCAUCAAUGAUCUUAGAGCUGAGAUGGGUCAAGAAGGUUCUGCAUCUCCUUCAGCUCCACUGAAGACUAGAGAAGAACCCAAGUCGGCUGAAGAUAGUUAAUGAAAUGAGCAUAUAUAUUUUCUCCGUUUGGUGGAUGUUCCUUUUGCUUGUUUAUGAUAUUCAGGGUUAGACCUCUCUUUUUUAUUCUCUCGACCACGAUCCAAAUCUUAUAGAUAUAUAACCUAGAGGCCACUAUAUGAACUGCGAUUUGUGGUGGAUAUUCAACCGUCGUCUAAUCUGCGAUUGGUUUAUAGUUACACAGAUUUGGUGUGUUUUUUUAUGUAUUAUUGACUUGUCACUCUAUGCGCUGGACAUGAAAGAUUCCAACUUCUGUCGUUUUGAUGUAUAAUUGGCUUGUUGCUCUAUUCGCCGGACAUGAAAGAAUUCAAAUUUCUACUGCGCUAUUAAUUGUAA